AUGCGUUACCUUCCUCUGUUGGCCCUGCCCGUGGCGGUCUCCGCCUCGCCUCUGGUUCAGAGGGACUUGCUUUCCGCCGCCAAGAGCCUGUUCUGCUCCCUCAACAACGAUGUUGUCACUGCCCUCAAGCAACAGUCGACGGCCACUAGCUACUGCAGUAGCUAUCUGUCCAUUCCCACCAAGACAUUCUCUACCACGUCCACGGUUACUCCUACAAGCGUGCACGUAACAACGACCGCUACCAUUACUGGAGAUCCGUACAUCACCACCGAGACUGCUACCGAAACCACGUCUACCGAUCUCCAUGUGCCCUCGACCGUCGUUGAAACGGACACAACGACGGUGACUGUCACCUCAUCCACUGUCACGCUUUCUUGCCUGAGCAGCGCAUACACGGCCACUCCCUCGGCUCAGAAUGCGAAGCGCGGCAACGUGCAGAAGCCAACUUGCCUGCCCUCGACCUGGGCCUCUCCGGCAAUCUCCAGUGCCUGCUCCUGCUUGAGCAUCCCGACACCCUCGAUUACCUCAACCAUCACCACCACCCUCGCACCUGGCACUGUGACCGAUACCGCCACCCAGACCCUCACCCCCACUGAGACAAGCACUGUCACCACGACCGAAACGUCCACCAACACCGUCAUCGACUACACGACCACCACGACCACCACCACCGAGACCGUGUACGCCACGGCCACCACCAUCUCCACCACCGGCCUCGCCUACCGCAAGUACACGCACUCGUACAACGCCGACUCGUCCAGCAGCGGCUUCACGUCCUCGUACUUCAAGACCGCCAGCGUCGACUUCAGCGGCACGCUGCAGGACAUCGACUUCUCCACCCCCAACUGGCCGUCCGGCAGCACCUACCUCACCCUCCCCGGCAACUCUGCCUUCAACUCGGCCCAGUCCGCCGUCCUCAUGAACGGCUUCUUCGUCGCCCCCGCCGCCGGCACCUACACCUUCUCGUCGUCCAGCAGCUACAUCGACAACUGGGGCUACCUGUGGACCGGCGACGCCGCCUACAGCUCCUGGUCCGACAGCAACGCCGCGUACAAGGCCUCGAGGACCAGCGCCGGCUACAUCGGCGGCUCUACGUCCUUCACCUUGAGUGCGGGCGACGCCAUUCCCAUGACUCUGCUGUGGGCCAACGGCGGCGGCGUCGGCCAGUCGAUUUUCACCAUCACGCUUCCCAGUGGAUCGACCGUCAGCGAUAGCACCGGGUACUUUGCCCCUGGCUGUGAUGCUGUUUUCUCGUAG